GAAGAUUUCUCUUUGUGGCUUCCCUCAAGUUGUCAAGACGUCGUACGCAAUGAGAGGCGACAGGGGGCGGGGCCGGGGGGGCCGGUUUGGAGCCCGCGGAGGGCUGGCGCAGGGGGACGCCACCGUGAAGAUCCUCAUCACCACUGUGCCACCCAACCUGCGCAAACUGGACCCCGAGCUGCACUUGGAUAUCAAGGUCCUCCAGAGUGCGCUGGCUGCAAUCCGACACGCCCGCUGGUUCGAGGAGAACGCCUCCCAGUCCACAGUGAAGGUUCUGAUCCGGCUCCUGAAGGACCUGCGGGCCCGGUUCCCUGGGUUCGAGCCUCUUACACCCUGGAUCAUCGACCUGCUGGGUCACUCAGCUGUGAUGAACAACCCCUCCAGACAGCCCCUCUCUCUCAAUGUGGCGUACAGGCGGUGCCUGCAGAUGCUGGCGGCGGGGCUGUUCCUGCCCGGAUCGGUGGGCAUCACUGACCCCUGCGAGAGUGGCAACUUCCGGGUCCACACGGUCAUGACGCUGGAGCAGCAGGACAUGGUGUGCUUCACGGCUCAGACUCUGGUGCGGAUCCUGUCGCACGGCGGCUACAGGAAGAUCCUGGGCCUGGAGGGGGACGCCAGCUACCUGGCGUCGGAGAUGUCCACAUGGGACGGCGUGAUCGUCACUCCCUCGGAGAAGGCAUACGAGAAACCGCCUGAGAAGAAAGAGGGAGAGGAAGAGGCGCUGGAGGAAGGGGGGGAGGGGGAGGAGGAGAGCAUGGAGACGCAGGAGUGAUUCCCAACCCCACUUCCACCCCCAUCCCCCUGGAUCCACUGGAGAACAGGCCCUCUCCUACCAUGAUUCUCUGAGCGAGAAGAUUCCCACUAAGAGACUCCUAUUUGUGUUCUUGUUUAGUUUUUUCCCCUGUUUUUUUGCCUUCCAUCUCCCCCGCUGGCUCUGCGGGCCCACCCACACCGAUCCAGACUGAUCCAGGUGAUACCGGUGUCAUCCUCCCCAAGGGGGUCAGGUUUCGGGGAGGGGCAGGCACACCUUGUCAAUACUACUAUUUUUGCUUUGAUUUUUGUAAUUUCAAUAAAU